AGUAAAACGAUAAACGAUUUUAUUUUUCUCGUCGGCUAAGUGAUAUUACAAUAUUUCUUUCCGUUCAUAUCGCAUUUAUGUAUAUCGCUCGAUUCGCGUUAAAAGAGGAAGGAUAUCGAAAUAAUAGGAAAAUCGACAGUUUCACGACGAUGAUCUGACAAAUUUUGUUUGUGUACUGUGUCGAUCGCCCUCUAUCGCUAUAAUUUCAUUUUCGUCGAUCUUUCGGGGUGGAUCAAGCGAGAUAAACUCGUGCUAAACUCGCGAAUUUAUUUUUCUUUUUCUCUUGUCUUCUUAACAAUACCCCGUUUUUAUUUUUUUAUUUUCUUUUAUCUCAAACGUCCAUAAAAGACUUCUUCGAUUCUCUAAGCUUAUGGUACGAAUGACGUUGGCCGUCGGAUCAGCGAAAAGCGCACGGUCGAAGCCCCGAUAGUGAUAACGGAGGUUAGAGAAUCUUUUUAUUUUAUAUUAUCAAUUAUUAUUGUAUUGCUAUUUUUCAUAUUGAACGAGAACGAAGAAAAACACGUAGAAUAUUCCUUUUAAUCUUCUUUCGAAUCAUAUUUACAAUUAUUAAAUCUAUACUUUGAAAGUAUUUGAUAAACGAUGAAAAUUAGAAUCGUAGGAACGUUGAGAAUCUAUUAAAAAAUGUCUGUUGAAUGUGAUAUGACAGAAAAAUUAACCUUAUGAUUAGUUUUCUAUUUAAAUAUUAAAGAUUAUUUAGUAUCAAUUAAAUGAACGUGAAUUAUUGAGAGAUGAAUUAUAUCGAUUUUAGCAUCUUGGAAAUAUCGGAAGCAGAGACUUGAAACUUGGGAACAUUUGUAUUAUCGUAAAAGUCGCAAAGAUGGUUGAGAUAAGUGGGACGUUGUCGUCGCCACGGCCGACGGCGACGACGUCUCAUCGUAAGCGUAAAAACGGUGAAAUUUCUUCGACUAUGAUAAACACAAACGAGAUGAUCUUACCAACCGGAAAGGAUUUCACCGCUUGUUACAUGGAACUCUGCAAGAAAUAUCAUCUGAGACCUUUACCGGUGAUCUGUGUGACGUUACCAUAUAGCUUAGACUUUACGACCGAUCGCGUUAAGAUGGAGGACUGGAGACCGAUCUUGAACUCCUUGUCACUUGAUCGCAUCCUCAGAUCGAUCAGCAUACGCAGUAGAUAUCAAUAUCGCAAACCAUCGGAAAUUGGCAAUGUGAGUUUCGAAGAUAAAGUUCGAUCGAAAGGUCCUGGUGCAUUAACACAAUAUCUUGUGGAAUGGCUAUCCCAUAGCAUCGGACAAUGCGUGAGGAAUUCGUUCAGUUUGACCCAUCUGGAGCUAGAGGGUAUACCUUUUCCGACGGACUGCUUGGCGGUCUUAUGCGUCGGCCUCGCUGGCACGGAAACACUCGAACAUCUUUCCUUUCAACGUUGUUACAUCGGCGAUACUGGUUGCGAACUCGUCUGUCGUGCAAUAACCGAUGUACGGACAAUCAGAUCGUUGAAUUUGAGCGAUUGCGAUCUUACGUCGAGAUGCGGCACGGUUCUAGCCUCCACCUUAUCAAGGCAAGAAUUAUCGCUUUAUCAUGAAACUUGGAAACAAUCCCUGAGAUAUCGAGAGCCAAAUAUUGAAGCGAUGCCUGGUCUACGCCGAUUGAUUCUCAGUGAUAAUCCUCGCUUGGGUGACUCUGUCGUAUUGAAGAUGAUUGAAGCUAUUAGAGAUAAUCUAUGGUUGAAGGCGCUCGACCUUCGGCAUUGUGGCUUAACCAAUCAGAUAGGUGAUGAUCUUCUCGAACUCCUGGAGCAGAAUUCUUCUCUGAUGGUUCUCGACGUACGACAGAAUCCAAACAUGAAUGAAAAUCUAAUUGGUGAGAUUUUACGACGUUUAGAUGGUAAGGAAAACGACGAAUACGGCUGGUUGAAUUCAUCACGAAGAGAUCGGAAGUUCUCUUCAACGAAUCUUCAAAAGAAGAAUAAUAACAAGAAGAGUAAUAAAGAGAAUGAGGUCAAUGGUGCAUACGGGAAAAAAAAUCAAAGAGAAGAAAGUUCGGUUUCGAACUCGGUUAACAGGUUGAAAGUUUUAACUCCUUCUGUGAAAACACGUAAAGUGAAUUCUCAACCGACGAAAUGGAAUAGAACUGUGACACAAUCAUCCGACAAACCUUCCUUACAUCUAGAUCUUCAGUCACGAAUAAAACCGAUCGUUGAGACGAUGAAUUCACUCGAGGUAAGUGAAUCGAGCGUUCGAUAUUCAGCGAAGAUCGAUUUGGAGAAAAAAAAUGAAGAGAGAGAAGAGAUCACAGCAAUGAUGAGAGAACUGAUGCUCGCAAGAACGACUAACGAUCAUUUGUUGGAAGAAAGCAAACGUCAAGAUCUUUUGAUCGCACAUGAAAAAGCAAAGCGUGAAAUAGCUGAGAAAAAAAUGAGAGCGAUGAGUGCCAAUUUAGCUGAUUUAGAAAAUAUAUUUAGAGAAAAGGAUCGAGAGACCGACAAUUUCUUAUUGGUCAGUCAACGAUCAUUGAAUGACAUUUGUACGUCGUUCAAUAGAUUGGUAGAAUUGUUGGAGAAUCUAACUAGAAAUUCGAGGUUCGACAAAAAGAAUUUAGAGGAAGGUCUUUUGGCUAGCAAGGAUGUGAAAUAUCGUGUUGACUAUGUCGUUAGAAAGACGAAAUCUGAGAAUAUAGGACGAGGAUACGUUGUUGAUAUCGAGGAUGAAGAGCAGGAAGAAGAAAAGAUUCAGAAGUUCGUAAAAUCCGAAGGAGACGUAAGAAGGAAGCUUCCUUCGCCAGCUUCACCGGUACGAGUUGAAAGAAAUAUUGGCGACAAUCUAGACGUAGUUGGACCUUCGUUGAAGAGUUGUGUUCUUGAUCGUUUUGAUGCUGGGGACAAAUGUAACGUAUCUUCCGUGGAUAGGGCAAGAAACAUUUUCCUUCGUUUCAUCAACGGGGAAGUUGAAGGGAACUUUUUAAUCGCCUGAUAAAGAAUCUAUUUGAAAUAUUUAUUUGAAAAGCAGUUAAGAUUAGAGGUCAUUUGUAUAUCCACGUUUUUCUUAAGCUCUGUGAUUGUACAUGAAAUAGAUAUCGUUUAUCAUUUUGCGAUGGAAACUUCACAAAUGGUUCUUAGCAAAGAAAAGAGAAGAUGCGAUCGGGAACAUCGUCGUUUAUCGCUUUUAACGUUCACCCCUUGGCACUCUAUGGAUUUUCCAUUACUUCCGGCCUGGGUCGCCGGUUACUUGAAAAACGCCUAUGCACGGGCUACCGGUCAAAGGUAAUUUUUCAUGAUAGAUCACGCUCGGCGUGGCGUGUCGCGAGCGAUCUUGUUCGCAACGUGAAUGGUGAAAGGUAAGUCGUUGCGCAGCACAAGAUCAAACGUUCCAGCAACGUCGUCCGGUGUGUGCUCCUCUUUCUUCCUCUCUCUUGCUCUCUCUCCCUCUCUCUCUCUCUCUCUCUCUCUCUAUCUCUUGACGUGUCGUCGAUUAUCGAUCACCGUCGUCCUCGCUUUUACGCGUAUGAAGCCUUUAAAAGAGACCUCGUUUACGUCAUGGUAAUAAACGGUUCGAUGCUGGUCAUUUUUCGUCGGGCGAUCGUAUAGAAACGGUAAAGAUUAGAAAUAUGACGAUUAGAAGUUUAAGG